GUUUCCACCGAGAAAAAGGAAUCGUAUUGUAUGUCCGCUAUCCAGAACCUCCACUCUUUUGACCCCUUUGCUGAUGCAAGUAAGGGUGAUGACCUGCUUCCUGCUGGCACUGAGGAUUAUAUCCAUAUAAGGAUUCAACAGAGAAACGGCAGGAAGACCCUUACUACUGUCCAAGGGAUCGCUGAUGAUUACCAUAAAAAGAAACUAGUGAAGGCGUUUAAGAAGAAAUUUACUUGCAAUGGUACUGUAAUUAAGCAUCCAGAAUAUGGAGAAGUAAUUCAGCUACAGGGUGACCAGCGCAAGGACAUAUGCCAGUUCCUGAUAGAGAUUGGACUGGCCAAGGACGACCAGCUGAAGGUCCAUAGGUUUUAAGUGCUUGUGACUCUCUGAAGCUUAAGUGAGGAUUUCCUUGCAAUGAGUAGAAUUUCCCUUC